GGUUACCCACAUUAUCGAUGACGGUUUCGAAUGCAACUCACGUCACCCUGCGAAAUGUGGGCUUCAAUCUGUCCGGAAAUUUCACCUGCGAAGUGACGGCUGACGCACCGUCCUUCUACACCGGAGUGGCCACAAACGUGCUCACCGUUGUCGAGCUUCCUCACUCGCAGCCGACACUUUGGACCGAGCACACAAAAUACGACCCGGGAGAUAUCCUGCGGGCCAACUGCUCGACGCCUCCCUCGAAACCUGGAGCCACAAUCACGUUUCUGCUGAACAGUAUGACGGUGGGAUCUGAGCCGACGGUGCUGCAUCCGUCCCAUGACAACCUCCAUUGGGCGUCCAGGGAUCUCAACAUUCAGCUUCUACCGUCUCACUACGCGACCGGGCAGCUGAUACUGCGAUGUCUGGCCGAAGUCGGGACAAUCUACUCGGAAGUGUCCCAGGCACCACUAGAAAGCAGUCGGAAGGAACCGAUCCCCGAACGAGUGACAUCACCAAACGGAGCAUCUCGGCUUAGCGGAAACCGGCCACUAUCCCCGUGGACAUUCCUUCUAACAUUGGCCAGCAUCACACUGACAACGGUCCUACGAAUGGUCACAGCAAGUAGCCAAAGCCGCGGAAACUAUAGCACCGAUUCAACGGAGAACCACCUCUUCCGGGAGCAGUGCCGCCAGUGGAGCCAUCGGCAUGUCCCGUGCCGGCAUCCAAACGGAGCCAGUCCCAGCAGAUCCAUUCCAAGAUAGUGCGUCCGGAUGGUGGUCCGGAGUAACGAUUAAACCCAGUUAGUCAAAGUCUGUUAAGAGGUUGAUAUUUUUCGUUUUUUUUUUUCAAAUGCCAACUACAAAUGUGACAAAAAUGAACGAUACAUUCCUAAACAUUAGUUCAAUGAUAGGGAGAAAGAGAGAAUUUUCGCGGCACAAUCAAAGAUUGCGGUUUGAUACAAAUAGCUAAGGUGUAUUGUAAGUUGUAACUGUCCAAACAAUGUAUUGUAGAACAAGUUCUGUUCAAUGCCACAAAUGUAAACUGCUGAACGGGCCAGGCUUAUUGAUUCUCAAUAGGUGUAGGCUGUAGGUCACCUUCAUCCAUCUCGUGAGAUAAUCUCGAAAACUUUUCUGAAAUCAUUGGCUGCUAGCAUAAAAAAAAGACAAACUAUCUUUCAUAUUAUAGAGUAAAUGAAACAAAAAUAAACCAAAACGCACCAAAGGUUGUAUUGCGAUUAGAGUAGAAGCAGGAGAAUUGAGAUCAUCUAAAUAUGGUUUAAAAGGCUCGAAGAAAAAGGAAUGUGCUGAGAUUGGUUAAAAAAUUUUGUUGUGCUUCUAGGAUCUGUUCAGUUUCAAGUUCACAUUUCGGAAUCCAGAUUCAGAUUCAGAAUUCAGAUUCAGAAUUAAGAU